ACUUCCUUUCCCGCGUUUAACUUAAUCGUUACACAAAACGAUACAACAUAAACACAGACACACACAGCACACACAUACUUAAAUAUACUUAAAUAUAUUACAAAGUAACGAAAACAACUAAAGUAUCACGAAUGAAAAGACCGCGAAAUUAUUAUUUUCUUAUUUUAUUUCAUUAUUUUUGUUUCUAUUCAUUCAUUUUACUUAAAUUAUAUCAAAAUAUUUACAUUAUAUUUAAUUGUGUGUAAAAAAUAUAAAAUAUUAAUUUUAAAUAAUUCAUUUACCAUAUAAUUGUAAUAAGCUAUAAAUUAUAUGGUAUAACCUAAAAUAAAAUGGAAGAGAGCCCAUCAACAUCUCGAAGUAAACGACAAAAAAUUGAUAAAUCAGGUCGAAGUGCUGCUUUACAAAAAUUAAAAGAAUUGAAAGGUAGUAAAAAUAAAUAUAAAAUUGAAGAGCUUAAAAAUGUAUAUGAUCAAGUUGAUGAAAAAGAAUAUGCAAAAACCGUUGCUACUCGACAGGAAUCUGAUUGGAUUGUAGAUGAUGGUGGAAGUGGAUAUGUUGAAGACGGUAGAGAAAUUUUUGAUGAUGAUUUGGAUGAUGAAAGUAUUGAGAAGGCAUCAAAACAAAAUUUAGCUGGACCACGUAAACGAAAACGUGAUGAUGAAUCUAAAUCAAAAGGUUCUAUUGUAAAUAUGUUCAAAAAUAUUAAAAAAAAUACAAUUGAACCUGUUUCAUCGGACAACGACAAUCUUUUAGCUGAUUUACUUGAUGAGAUUAAAACAAAACAAAUUCCAUCAUCCGAAUCAAAUAAAUCGUCAAUCGUCAAUAAAUUUAAAGUUAUACCAAAAUCUUGUCAAUCAUCACCAUUAUUACUCGAAAAUAAAUUUGAUAUCACGAAAAAACUAUCAAAGGAUGAUAAUAAUGAUGAUGAUAAUGAUGACGUCCAUUCACCACCAACUAAAAAAAUUAAUAUCGAUGUAAAUUUAAUACCUAAACAAGAUAAAAAAUUAAAUAAUGUUCAACUAAUUAAAUCUGAACAACAACAACAACAACAGUUAUUGUCAAGUCAUGAAAUUGAUAAAGUGCCUGAGGUAAUAGACGAUGUUAAUUUAUUUGAUAAUUAUUUUGAUGAACCAUUUGACGAUAUUAUUGAUGUUACUAAUAAUCCAGUUACUACAACAACAUCUAAAUUGUUUUGUAAAAAUACAAAUAAUGUUAAUAAUUAUGGUAAUGAUGAUGAUGAUGACUUUGAUGCAAUAAUUGGAUCAAUAGAUGAACAAAAUCUUUGUAAUAAUGAUAAUAAAAAUGAAUCAACAUCUAAAAUAAAUGAUAAUCGUCCUAAAUUAGAAGAUGAUGAUUUUAAUAAAGUUAUUGAAACUUUAGAUAAAAAUUCAUUAUGGUCUGAAUGGGAUGGCGAAACAAAAGAAACAAUUAAAACAGAUACAGAAGAUACAAUACAUGAAAAUUUAUCAUUAUAUACUGGUUAUAAUUUAUUAAAAGCUGAAAUAUCAGGUGAUGAUAUUGUUAAAUUUUUUUGGUGGGAUGCUAUGGAAAAUCCAUAUAAAAAUCCAGGCGUUGUUAAUUUAUUCGGUAAAAUUUAUAUUGAAUCUUUAGAUCGUUAUGAAUCAUGUUGUUUAUCUGUUAAAAAUAUUCCACGUAGAAUUUAUAUUUUACCUAAAGAAAAAAUAAUAGAUAAUGAUACUGGAAUUGAAAGAUUAACCACUAUGAAAGAUGUAUAUAAUGAAUUUAAAAAUCUUGCUGAUAAUAAUAAAAUAUAUGAAUUUCGUAGUUCAACAACAACGAAAUAUUAUGCUUUUGAUCGUGAAAAUACACCGUUACAAUCAGAAUAUCUUGAGGUAAGAUACUCAUCAUCAUAUCCAAAAUUAGAUUCAAAUUAUACUGGUAAUGCUAUUGAACAUAUAUUUGGUACAACUGUUAAUCCUUUAGAACUUUUAUUAAUUGAAAGACAAAUAAAAGGACCUUGUUGGCUUGAUAUUAAAUUACCAAUUCCUAUUGAAAAUACUUUAACUUGGUCAAAAUAUCAAUUAAAUUGUUUUAAAAUGGAAAAUAUAACUGUUUCUAAUAAUAAUAAUAACAAUGAUAAUAAUAAUUUUGAUGAUAAUAAUAGUAAUACACAAUAUAAAAAAAUACCACCAAUGGUUAUAAUGGCUAUUGAUGUAAGAACAACAUUAAAUUAUAAAAAUAAUAAUACUGAAAUAACAGUUAUUGGUAUAUUAAUAAAUGAUAAUUAUAAUAUUGAUAAACCAUCACCUAAAAUAAUGUUUAAUAAACAUUAUUGUUUAAUAACUCAUCCUAAAGAUACAAAUUGGCCAUUAUAUGCUCGUGAUAAAUUAAAUAAUAUUGAUAAAACAAAUGUUAUUAUUUGUGAUACUGAAACAGAUGUAUUAGAAAAUUUUUUAAAUAUUAUUUGUGAUACAGAUCCUGAUUUAUUAAUAGGAUAUGAUUGUGGUUUUCAAUUUGAUAUUAUUUAUCGUCGAUUAAUAGCAUUAAAUAUUAAAAAUUUAAAUAAAAUUGGUAAACUUAAACAAAAUAUUUCUGGACAAUUUUAUGGUAAUAACAAUAAUAAUAAUUCAAAAUUAUAUUUACCAUCAUUAUUUAAUGGUCGUCCAAUAUGUGAUAUUGUUGUAUCAGUUAAAGAAUUAAAUAUUAAAAUUCGUAGUUAUGAUCUUGAUAGUAUAUGUAAUGCUGUUUUAAAAACAAAAGAAAAUACAAUAAAAGAAAUAAAACCAAUUGAAUGCCCAAAAUUUUAUGAAACAACAGAUAAAAUAAAAACACUUAUUAAAAUAACAAUGUCUGAAGCAUUAUAUAUAUUAAAAUUAAUGUUUGAAUUAAAUAUAAUACCAUUAUCACUUCAAAUAACAUGUAUUGCUGGUAAUAUAUUAUCUAAAACAUUAAUUGGUGGUCGUGCUGAAAGAAAUGAAUAUUUAUUACUUCAUGCAUUUUCUAAUAAAGGUUAUAUAACACCUGAUAAACCUAAACCAAUAAUUAAUAAAAUUAAAAAAAAUAGUUAUACUUAUAAACAAAAAAAAAAAAGUACAUAUACUGGUGGUCUUGUAUUAGAACCAAAACGUGGAUUUUAUGAUAAAUUAAUAUUAUUAAUGGAUUUUAAUUCAUUAUAUCCUAGUAUUAUUCAAGAAUAUAAUAUUUGUUUUACAACAUUACCAGGUGUUUGUUAUAAUGAUAUUAAAGAUAUUGAUUUACCAAAACAAGAUUUAGAUAUUGGAAUAAUACCAACAGAAAUACGUAAACUUGUUGAAAGUCGUCGUCAAGUUAAAAAUUUAAUGAAACAACAUAAUUUAACAAAUGAAUUAAAAAUUCAAUAUAAUAUUCGUCAAUUGGCAUUAAAAUUAACAGCUAAUUCAAUGUAUGGAUGUCUUGGUGCUGAGCAUUGUCGUUUUUAUGCUAAAAAUUUAGCUGAAAUAAUAACGUUAAAAGGACGUGAAAUACUUGAAGAUACUAAAAAAAUUGUUGAAAAUUUUAAUUAUGAUGUUAUAUAUGGUGAUACUGAUUCAUUAAUGAUAAAUACUAAUUGUCUAAAUUAUGAUAAAGCAUAUGAUAUUGCUAAAUAUAUUAAAAAUAAUGUUAAUAAACAUUAUAAAAUGCUUGAACUUGAUAUUGAUGGUAUAUUUAAAUAUUUAUUAUUAUAUCAAAAAAAAAAAUAUGCUGCUGUUAUUAUAAAUAAAUUAUCAAAUGGUGAAAUUCAAUUAAAUACUGAGUAUAAAGGAUUAGAUAUUGUUAGACGUGAUUGGUGUCAAUUAGCUUGUGAUCAAGGUCGUAUAAUAUUAGAUAUUCUUUUUUCAGAUAAUAUUACUGAAGAACUUAAAUAUAAUAAAAUAAGUUCAACUCUUGAGGAUACAUCAUACAAAGUAUAUAAUAAUAAAUUUCCACUUGAAUUAUUUAUUAUAACAAAACAACUUUCAAAAAAUCCAAAUGAUUAUCAAAAUAAUAACAACAACAACAACAACAACAACAACAACAACAGUAAACAACAACAACCUCAUGUUGAUAUUGCUAUAAGAAUGAAUAAAACUGGUGGACGUAUGUGGAAAGCUGGUGAUACUAUUUCAUAUUUAAUAUGUAAUGAUGGUACUAAUAAUCAACCAAAUCAACGAGCAUAUCAUAUUGAUGAAUUUAAAAAUAAUAAUAAUUUAUCAAUUGAUUGUAUUUAUUAUUUACGUCAUCAAAUUUAUCCUGUUGUAUCACGUAUUUGUGAACCCGUUGAUAUGAUAACUGAAAUAUUAAUAAUUAAAAAUUUAGGUUUACAAGAUGUUUGUACAAGAGCAAAUAUGUUUAAACCACUUUCAAUAGAUAAAUUAAAUCAUAAUAUUGAUGAUAAUAAUAAAUCAAUUGAAAAUAAUUAUGAUAAAUUAUAUAAAAAUUGUCAACCGUUUAAAUUUAAUUGUAUUAAAUGUAAUACAACUAUUGAAAUUAAAAAAUUUUUAUAUAAUUUUUCACAAGGCUCUAAACCAUCAUUAUAUCAAUGUGUUAAUACAAAUUGUAAUUAUCCUCUUUGGAAAAAUUCAAAUACAAUAUAUAGUGCUGUAUUUAAAAAUAUUAAAACAAUUGUUCAACGAUAUUAUCGACAAAAUUUUAUUUGUAAUAAUUCAAAGUGUAAAAAAAUUCAAAGAAAAAUAUUUAUAAGCGGACGAAUUCAAUUACCAAUGUGUAUUUAUUGUGGCCGUAGUUAUUUAACUAAAACUUAUACGGAUAGAGAAUGUUGGAAUCAAAUUAAUUUUUAUCGUUACAUUUUUGAUUCAACACAAAUUGACAAUAAUAAUUUAACAACAAUCGUUGAAUCAAAUUCACAUGAGAUGCUUGAUGUUUAUAAAACAGCUAAAGAAAUAAUUGAAUCUUAUUUAAUCAGAAGUCGUUUUUCUCUUGUAAGUUAUAAAAUAUUUUAUUUUUUGAGAAAAAGAAAAAACAAUGAUUACAAACAUCAACCUAAAAAUAAUCUCAACAUCACAUUUGAUGAUAAUAAUGAUGAUGAUGAUGAUGAUAAUAAUGAUGAUAAAUCAAAUGAUAACAACACUUCGAAUUUCAUGUCACAAGAAACGUUUUUAUCAAAUAAAGUUAAUGAUGUAAUCAGUAAAGUUGUAAUUUGGGAAACUGCAGACAGUGAACAAUCUACCACUAAAUAUAUGCAAAAAGGAAAUACAAAAUGAUAAAAUAAUAAUAAUAAUUUUAUACAGUAAACAUUCUUUAUUAUUUUUUUAAUUAAUAAAAUAUAUCAAUCGGCGCUUUUUUUUUUCUUUUUUCUUUUUUUUAUUGUUUAAUAUAUAAGAGUAUGUAAUUAUUAUGAAUAAGCAUAUUACAUGUAUUACUUUUUAUUUUGUAAUAAAUAAUUCAAAUAUA